UGCGCGGUGUUACAUUGGAUACUUAUACUGUGCGGUAUUGCAAACGUGAAGACACAUCAUAGUCCAACUUCAGAUUUUAUGGGGACUUCACAUGUCCAGAAUUCCACCAUUAGAGCUUCCAAAUUUCUUCAAGAACGAAUUCGUUUUUUAAAUGUUCGAUAGCAUCGCAGCCAAGGGAUGGAUGUGAGUGAAUCAGAUGUUGCCAACAGCAGAUGGGGUUGGUAUAACAUUCAGUCCUUGUCCAUCAUUGCAAUGCGAGGGACAUAAUCGCCCUCUCGCCUCGCUGCCUGUUUGCAUGGGUUUUUCCCCCCUGCAAUUUGCCGCGUUUCACUGGGGCUAAAUUUUAUUUCGGACGCAUUUACCCUCUUUGCUUGGCGUCAUCUACGAGCAUUGUUGGCGAAAGGGGCGGCGACAAACUGUGACAGUGGCGUUGUGCCCGGACAGUGUCCACACAGUAGUCAAACCUUAUUCAGAACCGCCGUGCAUUCGCCUCGCCGCAGCAACCCGCACACAACAGCUGGACUCCAAGAAAACUUGAGUUCUUGACUGAAGGACUCUUCUCAGCAACAUGAGUUCAGGCCGGGACACCGAUCUGAAGUUACCGAUUCAAGAGGUGCAUGAGAUGGGAAGUCUAUCGAAUAAGAACGCGUGGGAUAACGCAGCGUACGAGGGUUCCCCUCCGAGCACCCCAUUCAAAGUGCAAGCUAUCUACAACCCCAGUUCCUUCCCAAGCAACCCUUACGGAUACGAAGAGCCCCCAGUAUAUCCGGAGAAGAGCAAACCUCACCCGGGAUGUUGCAUGGCCUUCGUUAACGGAAUUCGCAGUCUGUGGGGCACAAAACUGACUGAGAACCUGUCCAACAAUCCAGAGCUCUACAUCAGGAGAACUCUACGUGAAUUAAUAGUUUACAUUGUUUUCCUUGUGGACAUUUGUUUGUUGACAUACGGAAUGACCAGUUCAAAUACCUACUACUACACCAAGGUCAUGUCAAAUCUCUUCCUCUCAACUGCAGUAGAUACAGGGGUCACCUUUCAAACUAUUCGCAGCAUGGCUGACUUUUGGAAUUAUGCACAGGGCCCAUUGCUGAAUGGAUUAUACUGGACCAAAUGGUACAACAGUGAUUUGAUUUCACAUGGUCCUCAUUCAUUUAUUUACUAUGAAAAUAUGCUUCUGGGCGUUCCGCGAAUCCGACAGAUCAAAGUCAUGAAUAAUUCCUGUGUGGUUCACAAGGACUUUAGAAAAGACAUUAUCGGAUGCUAUGAUAUCUAUACAGCAGACAAUGAAAAUAAAUCACCAAUCCAAAAUGGAAGUGCGUGGACUUACAAUUCCGAGAAAGAACUUGGAGGUUCCUCACACUGGGGCAAAAUAACGGUCUACAGUGGUGGUGGUUAUUACCAGGAUCUCAAGACAAACGUGGAUGAAAGUGCUGUCAUUCUGCAAGACCUGAAGGAUAACCUGUGGUUGGACAGGGGAACUCGUGCAGUUUUCAUUGAUUUCUCGGUGUAUAAUGCCAACAUUAACCUCUUCUGUGUGAUAAGGCUUGUGGUAGAAUUCCCUGCAACAGGUGGUGCAAUACCUUCCUCACAGUUCCGCACCGUGAAGCUCAUCCGUUACGUCAAUUCCUGGGAUUAUUUUAUCAUAGGCUGUGAAAUCAUCUUCUGCGUCUUCAUUCUUUAUUACAUUGUGGAAGAAAUAUUGGAACUCAGGAUUCAUCGACUGCAAUACAUCAAAUGUGUUUGGAAUUGCUUGGACCUGGUGGUAAUUCUGCUCUCUUUACUCUCAAUAGGAUUCCACAUUUUUCGAACUAUUAAAGUGAACAUACUGAUGGGCGCAUUGUUGACAGAUCCAGUAAUCUACGCUGACUUUGAGUUCUUAGCUUUUUGGCAGACCCAAUACAAUAAUAUGAACGCUGUCAACUUGUUUUUCGCUUGGAUCAAGAUUUUCAAAUAUAUUAGUUUUAACAAGACAAUGACUCAGCUAUCCUCAACCCUGGCACGAUGUGCUAAAGACAUUCUUGGCUUCGCAAUCAUGUUCUUCAUUGUAUUCUUCGCCUAUGCUCAGUUGGGAUAUCUUCUGUUUGGAACCCAAGUGGCAAACUUCAGUACCUUCCUCAAAUGCAUUUUCACUCAGUUUCGAAUAAUCCUUGGGGACUUCAACUUUGAUGAGAUAGACAAUGCCAACAGAAUCUUGGGUCCAAUUUAUUUUGUCACCUACGUUUUCUUUGUCUUCUUUGUUCUGCUGAAUAUGUUCUUGGCCAUUAUAAAUGAUACAUACUCAGAGGUGAAAGCAGAUCUUUCCAAUCAGAAAAGUGAACUUCAAAUUACUGACAUCAUUAAACAGGGCUACAAUAAGGCUUUGAUGAAAAUGAAGCUGAAAAAAGAGCGAAUUUCUGAUGUGCAGAAAACUCUUCAGAAUGGAUCCAAUAUGCUGGAAUUUGAGGUUUUUCGAAACCAUCUCAAAGACUUGGGCCACUCUGAUCAAGAGAUCACAGAUACCUUUGCAAGAUUUGACCAUGAUGAUAAUAAGAUAUUGGAUGAACAAGAGCAGAUGAGGAUGAAGAGCGAAUUGGAAGAAAAGAAGGUUGCUCUGAAUGCUGAGAUAGAGAACUUUGGGAAGAACGAGGAUAAAUCAACAGUUUUCAACCAGUCUGCUGAAAAUGCAAAGAAUGGCAGUAAAAAAACAAACGGCAGUGUGACAAAUGAGGAGUUCCAAAUAAUGGAGCGCCGAGUUGUCCAGAUGGAACGUUCAAUCAGCAACAUUAUAUUUAAAAUUCAGGCAAUCGCUGAUAAACUUGAGAUAAUAGAAAAAAACAGAGACCAGAUGGGAAAGUUCGUACAGAAUGUUAAAGAGGUAAAUCUGACCUUUCACCUUAUCUUCCUUCAUAAAAUGUUCUCUGGUAAAUGGUGAGGAAGAAAGAUAUGGGUUUAUUUUUAAAUAUUGAGUUGGUCUUAAACUCAAAGCUAGCAAGGCGAAACACAAACGCUGCACUGUUUGUCCUGUCGUUAGUGGAGCUCCAUUGGUGCACAUGGUAGCAUUUCUAACAUGAUUUACAAAUGUAUCCAGCCCGCAGUUUUGUUCCUCAUUCCAAUUAGUUUGUCUGAUAAUUCAAUGGGGUCUCGUUGGAGCAUUCGUCAUUCCAGCCCGAUGCAUGCAGAGUAGAAACCUGCAAAGAAACAGAGACAAAC